AUGCCUUCCUCCAAGGACUUCCACUCGUCCUCCGUUAAGAUCUCAGGCGCCACCCCACCUCUCUCUCCCCGCGCCUGCGCCACGCAUGCAGGCAACGCCGACGGCACCGCCAACGGCGCCGCAGCCAUGGGGCUCUCGGGGUUUGCUGCCGACCGCUACACGUCGUCGCUCCAAACCCAGGAAGCCGUCGACGACCUCCUCAAGAAGUUCGGCGUGCGGAGGGAGUUCGCCGGGCUUCCGGCCGGCGACCUGUGCGCAUCCACGCGGCCGCCUCCGAGAGGGUCCGUGUGCGUGUACGCGCACGCGCUGGAGGCCGGGGUGCGCUUCCCUCUGCACGACUUCUUCGUCGACGCGCUCAAACACUACGGCCUCGCGCCCGGCCAGCUCGCGCCCAGCGGGUGGCGCGUCUUGGUGGGCUUCGUCGCGCUCUGCCAAGACGCCGGCGUGCGGCCGUCGCUGGCCGUCUUCCGCUGCUCCUUCAAGCUGGUCAUGUUCGACCUCCUCAGAGGUUGGUACUGUUUCCAGUCCAAGGACGUCGCCAUGUCGAUCUUCACCGGCCUGACCUCAUCCAACUCUGACGAAGGGUGGAAGGAGGGUUUCUUCUUCUUGACAUCGCCGGAUCAAUGGCCGUGCCCCGUGCAUUGGCGCGAGACGGCGUCCACGAGCUCCACUACUAAUCCGGUGCUGACACCCGAAGAUGAGGCAUCGGCCCUAAAGCUGCUAGGCGACCGCGUCCUCCCGAUCGAUCUCGGGACGUACCUCUCCGAGAAGGUCAAUCUUGGCGCAGCCUUCUUCUCCAGCCUCACCGGUGCAUCACCAGUGCCACCGCCGCCCCAACCGUCUCCUCGUUCUAGUGGUGACAAAGGGACCCAACCAUCCAUCCGUGACAUGACUAAGAGCUUGCGGGCGGAGAAGGUGAAAACAGAGCCGGACAGUGACAGGCCGCCGGCGUUGUCCGGGAAGAAGAUAAAGCAAGAGGAGGCAACGUCGAAAGAGGGACCUCGCCGUUCUGAGCUGAGCAGCCUGCCUCUUGAUGACCGUAUCGGCUCGGCGUCCUGCCGGUGUUCCCCGCCGGGCUUUGGCCCCACCCCACGGUACUUUCCGGUGCCCGAGCCCUACGCUAGUGGUGAGGAAGGCGCUGCCGGCGCGACUGACUGGACGGCCCCGCGGAAGUUGCUGGAGAGCGUUCUCACACCAUCACAGAAGCGCGAGUUGACCGAAGCUAAACCAUCCGAUGUCUUCGCGUACACCCACUCAGCAUUGCUCCAGGCAGCGAACUGCGUGGCUUUCUCUGUCGACUACAAGAUGAAGCUGGAGGAGAAGCUGGCGGCGCUAGAGCGUGACGCUGCCAAAACUAGAAAAGCACCAAAACUAGAAAACAUCUUCAAUGUAAUAAAAAUUACAUAG